UCUUUAAAAAAAGAGAGAAAAUGGCUUGAACGGGCUAAGAACCUUGAUCCCCAGGAGAGUCCCUGCGCUGACCGAACCUCUGGGGCUGGACUCCGCCUCCCAGCCCAGGAGCAUCUUGCGGAAGGGCCUAUCUCCAUCUCUAUGUCACGGUGGAAAAACGGUAACGGUGGGGAGUCACUGUCAUUAUUCACUGAACUCAAGUGCUCCGAUUUGGGGUCUUCUCGUUCGGAUUCCUGCGUCAGUGAGUGGGGAAGGACUGGACACCCGGGCGGUGCCCUGCGGCUCCGGGCGGAGCCAGCCGCGGUCGCGGGGCGCAGCCACCUCAGCCCCCCUCCCGCCACAUCCUCCAGGAAAGGGUGCUCAGGCCUUCCAUUGAGGAGACAAGGACCCGCUGCCCUGGGGACAGACACUCGAUUUCCUGAGGUUGUUCCCCUUAACAUUGGAGGGGCUCACUUCACUACACGCCUGUCCACACUGCGGUGCUACGAAGACACCAUGUUGGCAGCCAUGUUCAGUGGGCGGCACUACAUCCCCACGGACUCCGAGGGCCGCUACUUCAUCGACCGAGAUGGCACACACUUUGGAGAUGUGCUGAAUUUCCUGCGCUCAGGGGACCUCCCACCCAGGGAGCGUGUUCGAGCUGUGUACAAAGAGGCCCAGUACUAUGCCAUCGGGCCCCUCCUGGAGCAGCUGGAGAACAUGCAGCCACUGAAGGGCGAGAAGGUGCGCCAAGCGUUUCUGGGACUCAUGCCCUAUUACAAAGACCACUUGGAGCGGAUUGUGGAGAUUGCCCGGCUGCGUGCGGUCCAGCGGAAGGCCCGCUUUGCCAAGCUCAAGGUCUGUGUCUUCAAGGAGGAGAUGCCCAUCACCCCGUAUGAGUGUCCGCUCCUCAACUCCCUGCGCUUUGAGCGGAGUGAGAGUGACGGGCAGCUUUUUGAGCACCACUGUGAAGUGGAUGUGUCUUUUGGGCCCUGGGAGGCUGUGGCUGAUGUUUAUGACCUGUUGCACUGCCUGGUCACGGACCUCUCGGCCCAGGGCCUCACCGUGGACCACCAGUGCAUCGGGGUGUGUGACAAGCACCUCGUGAACCACUACUACUGCAAGCGCCCCAUCUAUGAGUUCAAGAUCACAUGGUGGUGAGUAGCCUUGGUAGGCAAGAGUCCCAUCAGGGAGGAUGUCCACCACACUUGGUGGCUGUGGGAGUAAGAUCCCUGAAGGGGCUGCUGACUGCCCCAGAAUCUGCGGAGGUGAGGACCGAGUCCUGAGGCACAGCUCCCAGGGGACAGAGGUGUAGCCCCACUCUCCCUGACUGCACCUCAGGGUUGGGCUCAGGGCUUGCGGCCUGCAGGCACUCCGGCCAGCGCUCACCUGGCCUUUCCUCAAGGCAUGGUAGUCUUUCCUUGAGGCUGAUAGCUAGGGCUUAAGCAGGAAGUCCUGAGAAGUUUCGUCACCUUUUUGACCUUGCAAGAGAGUUUCUGCCCAUUUUAGAGCCACGUUAUCAAAUCGAUGAGGCCUAAUCACUUCCUCGACCCUGUUCAAGCGUCCCUCCCUUGUGCUUAGUGUACUGGUGUGAACACGGAACAUGAUGGGGGAUUUACCUGACCAGCCACCCCGUAGCCCCUGGCUGAAGAAGAAAGAGCAUCUUCUGUCCCACUGCACCCCUUCUCCUCCGAGAAUAGUUGCCCACUUUCCUAAAAUGUGGAAAGACUUCUCUUUUCCUUCCGGAACAUGUUCUUCACCACCUUUUGGAGAUUUAACCAUAGCUGCCAAAGCUAUGCACCCAGUUGGCCUUAGAAAACCACAAUGUUUACAGCCCUGUCUUAGGGCCACAGCUUCUCCUAUCUUCCACCACCCUCCUUGCUUGCAGGGUUGUCUUCUCACAGGGCUGGAAUGCAAAUUUCAGAGGCUUCUUUUGAAGAUUCCCCAAGUCAAGCAGGCAAGAUGCCUAGAUCUUCUGUUAUGUUUGACAUGUAACAUCCUUUUUAGAGGCUCAGAACACCUCCUUGGCUGCUAUCUCAUGUGUUAGAAUCCAAUUUGUGGUGAACCUCUUUGGAAGGGGCCCCCUCUUUAAACCUUGUUGCUCUGUCCUGGUAACAUUCUCCUAGGAGAGCAUGUCUUCUGAGAAGGUAAAGGAAGGGCUGGGUGAGACACACAGCUAUCCUAGGAGCCGUAGGAAGACAGAGAAAACUUCCCUUUUGUUUUAUUCCUCACUCCUCUAUUUUUGUCUUACUUCUCUAUAUUUUGUUUUACUCCUCACUCCUCUAUAUUUUGUUUUACUUACUCCUCUAUUUCAGAAAUUGAAAAAGAUCCCCAAGGAUCUGUUACUACUGCAUUUCCUUCUUGCUCUGUCUACAGCCUGGGCCAACUAGUCAGGGUCUGGACAUGCAUCUCCUAAAGGAAGAACUGUGUAGCACCACUGAUCACAAUGUAACAUUUCCAUGCUGCAUUAAGGGCAUCUCUCUGUAAUCAUGACCGUUCCUGUCUCUUCCUGGGUAUUCUUGAAGGGAGAUUUUUUUUUUUAAUGUGUGAAGAAUUGAUGUGAGCCAGGAACAUGUCUGUAGUCCCAGCUACUUGGGCACACGCCUGUAGUCCAGGCUACUCAGGCACACACCUGUAGUACCAGCUACUCCGGAGGCUGAGGCAGGAGGAUCACUUGAGCCCAGGAGGUGAAGACUGUAGUGUACUAUGAUCAUGCCUAUGGCUAGCCACUGUGCUCCAGCCUGGGCAACACCACCGUUAAAAUAAAUAAAUAAAGGAAUUGGGGAGGACAACCUCCCUGGUCUCAGACUUACAGGACCAGAUAGAUGAGAUGGCUAUAGGGGGAGCUGAAGUCUGUGUUCAUAUGAGGAAAAGAAGACCAAGCCCUGGGACUUUGGUUGAAUUCCUCCGUGGGGCUGGAAGGCAGUGACCUCCUGUUCCCUCUGUGUAAACAAAUAUUCCAGGGCAUGGUUGUGCACUCCUGUUGUUCUCUUUUAGAGGUGGAAAAGAGGUGAAUACUGAGAUCUAAGAGGAAAGAACAGUCAUUCAUGUUCUGAGAUAUGGGCUCUCUCUAUUGUACUCAUAUACAAAGGGAUAGUCUCUUUUUUGGAGCUGAUGUCCCUGCUUGGAGGUUAGCCCAAAAACAUGGCUCUUGAAUUGUUCUAAGAGAAAAGUCUUUGAUUUCAGUUCUUCUGAUUGGUGUUACCUACUGCCUAAUAUGUGUUCAUUUUUUGACAGAGAGGCAGACUAUUGAUAAAGUCUGUGUGAACAGAGAGCAGUUCAUUAAGCCCAAUGCUUUCAGUGAUGUGGCCUUGACCCUUUCUGCUACCCGCCAUCCCACGGAGCAUCGCAGGGCUUGGUUAUUUAGAGUCCAUACAUGCAAGCCAGGGAGAAACUUGUUUGCUUAAAUGCAGGUUUGCUCAUAAACAGGUCCUGAAGGCUGGCUUAGGGUUACAGGGAUGCUGGGUAAGAACACUGUUCUUGUGUCUCUCGCUGGAGAAACCCCUGUUUCUCUGACUCCCUAUGUGAUCCUCACAAUAAUGUCUUCUGUGCCACUGUAGGACACAAGGCUCUGGCCAGUAGAGAAGACAGAGAGGUGACACUGGGCAGCAAGCUGAGAGCUCUUUCUAAAUAGAGUGAAUGAAUUCAGUGGUCUAGUUUCUCCAUUCUCUGAUGAGAAACCGAGGCCAGGCUAAAAAGUGAAUUAGAUGUGAUGGAUUGUGCUAAUGGCCUCCAAAUAAAGGGGUUAUCCCUGUGGAAGUAAUUUCUCCCCAUUUGAUCCCUUUUCAACUCUGAAUGGCCAGGCCCAGAGCAGAAGAAGGGUUGGGUCUGGAAGGAAGGCUCCAAAGGUUGAAAGCUUCUCCCUGAUCAGGAGGAAGUGCAUCUUUAUAGAAUUGUUGUGUGUAAUGUCAGUAAAUCCCUCUCGCUUGACAAGGGACUGGAUUCAUCUUGCCUUGAGACAGGCCAGUAGUUACCAGUGAGUCAAACCAAAGUGAAAGUUUCAGGAGAUGGGACCACAUGGUGAAAUGCUCGCCAUAAUAAAAUUCCUUAAAGAUAAAAAAGCUAAUGUUAUAGCAAUGAAAAAGACUGAAGCAAAACCACACUGAAACACAUCCCAUUCCAGGGGAGGAAUUCUUUGCGUAACACUCUGAAUCAAAGGAAGGAAUCGUCACCUUCCUUAUUCUACCUCUGCCUUGUUCACCAGGCUGCCCAGUGCUAAGGCAGAAAGCAGUCAGCUGUACUCUGGAAGUUUCUGUUCUUUCCUGGGGCUUAGGAUAUUCUGGGAACUGUCUGAGCCUUGUGCUUCAGGCUUAUCAGGUGAUAUAAUCUUCCUGUUCUGGGUUGCUUGCUGGAGGACUAGGAAGUGACAUUUAUAAGACACAGGCGGCGUGAGCAUCCAUGUGUGGUCUUGGUCUAAACCAGCUCUUGAACAGGUUAAAGCAAACAGCAAUAACAAAACAAAAACUACCCACACUGAGCAUUUUGAUCCCAGUAAUAUUUCAAAUAUUGUCCUUCUGCAUAUGUUCUAUCCAUAUUUGAUUCCAAUAUACAUUAUUAAUUUCUUGGGUACUAUUUUUCUGGGGCUCUUGCAUGAAGGUGGUGCCUGUCUCAUGAUCCUUAAAAGAGAGAGGCUUUUUUCAUCCAAAGCUGGAGUGUUGGGAACUGGGGUGGGAGAGGCACUUUUUGGAAUUCUGAGGGAAUCAUAUCUGUGUAUAUACGUAUUGAGUGGGGAAGGAUGGGGGUUGGCAGGGGUUGAGGGAGGUGGGAACAAACAGUGGGUAUGGGAACAGGCAGUCACCUCGAGUCACCUGGGUCCGUCGUCGUCCUUCUGUACGGUGUUGGGUUUAUGUACACAGUAUAACACUUCCUGUGUGAGUUCAUGUACCUGUCUGUGAGUGCUUUGGUGUAUGGAGCCUCAGUACACUCCAAGGGCAUUAAAGUCAAGAACUAGAA